AGUAGAGAAAUAGAUGGGAGGGUCAGGCCGCUGCCUCUCAGUUUCAAACACACAGUGCAUUUCAACCCUGUGCAUGGACAUUAACUGAACGGUAAAAUUAGGGUUUGUUUGCGAACUCUUCCCGUGUUAGACGGGUCAUGCUGUCUUCGCGAAGGUAAUGAGCCGCAAAGCCCUCGGGUCUCGGCUGAGCAGCGCCCACAAACUGCAGCGAAACUGGAAUGACUGGCAGCCCAGAGGCGACAGUCUGUCAGCCAGCCAGGACGGUGUGAAGAGCAGUGUCUCUAGAGACCGCGGUUCAGAAGUUCUUUUCGACAUUCUGCCCUCUGACCAGCCUGGCACCCCACCACUGCACAAUGAUGCCUUCACUGCUGCAGAUGUACUCGAAGAAGGAGGUGGAUAUGAUGCUGAUGGAGGCCUCUCUGAAAAUACUCAUGGUCGGAAGUCGCUGGGGCAAGAGUUGAGAACCAAUGAUGUGACUACUGAUAUAACCACUUUUCAGCAUGGAAACCGUGCUUUAGCUGCAAAGGACAUGAGGAAAUCACAGGACCGACCGUUGGCUCACUCUGAGGAGUCUCGUCUGGCCAAUCUUCUGCGGCGAGCAUCACGGGAAGAUGACCGGGAACGCAGACUGGCCACUAUGAAACAAAUGAGGGAGUUCAUUGUGCACUCUGAAAAUAAAGUGGUCCUAGUGAAACAGUUGGAUUCCAUUUUGAGCACCCUGAAUGACAUUUUGAACGAGAGUAGUAAGCUUCUGCAGGAGCUUAGGCAGGAGGCCGCGUGCUGCCUGGGAUUGCUCUGUGCCACCCUCAGUUAUGAAGCUGAGAGGAUCUUUAAGUGGAUGUUCCUCAAGUUCAGUGUGUCCACAAAGGAUGAGGUGAAGCAUCUGUACCUGGUGGCAGUGCACAAGGCACUUGAAACAGCAGGGGAGAAGAAGGCUUUUUCGACUGUAAUGCAGUUGGUGAUGAGCAGCCUUCAGUCUAUAUUGGAGAACUUGGACACGCCAGAGCUGUUGUGCCAAAGUGUGAAAUGUAUUUUGCUGGUGGCCCGUUGUUAUCCACACAUAUUCAGCACCAAUUUCAGAGACACAGUGGAUAUCUUAGUAGGUUGGCAUAUAGACCACACACAGAAACAGUCUCUUACUCGACAAGUGUCUGGCUGGUUACAGAGUCUGGAGCAGUUUUGGGUGGCAGAUUUAAGCUUUUCAACUACAUUAUUGGGUCAAUUUUUGGAAGAUAUGGAGGCGUAUGCUGAGGAUUUGAGUCCUGUUGUAUCUGGGGAAUCAGGAGAUGAGGACAUUCCCCCUCCCACGGUAUCCCUGCCAAAACUGGCAGCCCUGUUGAGAGUUUUUAGCACUGUUGUGCACAGCAUCGGAGAACGGUUCAACCCUAUCAGAGGGCCUCCAAUCACAGAAGCAUACGUCACUGAUGUUUUGAAUCGUGUUUUGGCCUGUGUCACCACAGCCAAGCAGGUGUUCUUCUCGGAGGCAGUGCUGACAGCAGGAAAUGAGUGUGUGUGUGUCCUACUGGUGAGCAUGGACUUGGCCAGCCAGCUGCAGAUUGAUGCUGUAAUCUCUUAUGGCCUAGACCAGCUGGACAGCUGUCAGUGCUGCGGACCAGAAUACAGCAUGUCAGUCCUCACCCUGCUUACUCUGAUUGUUGAUCAGAUAAACACCAAAAUCCCGGCUGCCUUUGUGGAGAAGUUGCUGGCCCCAAAUUCUCAUCUCUUGGAGAUGCGCUUUCACAGAGAAAUAAAGGUGAUGGCAGCCGCACAUGGAGUGUAUCAUGCUGUGCUGAGCCUAAAGAACAUCCCUACACUGGAGGCAGCUUAUAAACUGGUCUUGGGCGAGAUGGGCUGUGCGCUGAACAGUUUGCUGAGCCCUCUGGGUUUGCCUGCUGCCUGUCCUAACAUACAACAUCCUGCCUUCAGCCAGCUGCAGUUCAGCCCAGAGAGAGCAGAGUUUAUCCUUAUCUUCAACCUCAGUGCUCUCACCACCAUUGGCAACACCAAGAACUCCCUUAUCGGGAUGUGGGCUUUGUCCCCUACUGUGUUUGCCCUGCUGAGUCAGAAUCUGGUUGUAGUUCACUCUGAUUUAGCAGUUCAUCACCCUGCCGUCCAGUAUGCAGUGCUCUACACACUCUACUCUCACUGCACCAGACAUGAUCACUUUAUCUCAAGCAGCCUGAGCUCUUCGUCUCCAUCCCUUUUCGACGAUGCUGUCAUCAGCACAGUUACCACGGCAACCAAAAGGCAUUUCAGCACGCUCCUUAAUUUGCUGGGUAUGCUGCUCAGCAAGGAUCAUCUCAACCCUGAGGCGAGGCGGCUGUUACUCACCUGGUCAUUAGAGGUCUCUUUGAUGAUGAAGAGAUCUAAAACCUACUCCCCUCUUUUUUCACUCCCAUCCUUCCUCAGAUUCUGCAAGGGGUUACUGGCAAAUUCCUUGAAUGAAGACCCCACCAUAUGUCUGCAGGCAUGUAACAGUCUACAGGUUCUGUCAUCUUCCUUGACCACAGAGCUUCUCCAGAGGUGUGUGGAUGUGUGCCGAGUUCAGCUAGUCCACUCAGCAGUCCGAGUCCGGCAGGCCUUUGGGAAAUUGCUGAGAUCCAUUCCCAUGCACGUUGCAUUGAGUGCCCAUAGUCACUCUGAGAUUAAGGAGAUUUCUCUGGCCAUCCGCCGACACAUGAGCAAAGUGCCUAGCAACACAUUCCACCCACAGGACUUCUCUGACCUCAUUGGGUUUAUUCUAUAUGGAACGGUCCACCGUGGGGGUAAGGAGCCCUGGUUGGAGCGGCUGUACCACAGCUGUCAGCGGCUGGAGAAGAAAGACUCUGCCAUGGUGCCUCGUGCCCUGCUGAAGACUGAGGCAGUGCUGUGGCAGUGGGCGGUGUGGGAGGCCGCUCAGUUCACCGUUCUCUCUAAACUCCGGACCCCUCUAGGACGAGCCCAGGAUACAUUCCAGACCAUAGAGGGUAUGAUCCGCAGCCUGGCGGCUCACAGUCUGAACACAGAGCAGGAGUUGAGUCAGUGGAGUGGAGGAGAAAGUGAUGAGGGUCACCACACCAAUCAGCUCCGCCUAGCUCUGCUUCUACAGUUCCUAGAAAACCUGGAGAAACUCAUGUACAAUGCUUAUGAAGGCUGCGCUAGCGCUCUCACUGCACCACCAAAGGGCAUCAGAACAUUUUUCUACACAAACAGACAGACGUGCCAGGACUGGCUAACCAGAAUUCGUUUGGCACUGAUGAGAGUGGGCCUUCUCUCAGGUCAGCCGGCAGUCACGGUCCGUCAUGGCUUUGACCUGCUCACUGAGAUAAAGAACAGCAGUGCACAGGGGCCAGAAAUGGAGGUGCCAGUCACUAUGCUGGUGGAGGCGUUGUGUGAGCUGCGAUGCCCUGAAGCCAUACAAGGUCUGGCAGCCUGGAGUCUGGCCAGCACUGGCAAGAGCCUGGGCUGGCUGGGAUCAGUGGCACUGCAGGCAGAGGGAAAGUUUGAGAAGGCAGCAUUAGAGUACCAAGAGCAGCUGUGUGCUGUCACAGGGAUGGACUGCUCCAUUAAAGGCUUUGAUCACUCUCUGUUAAAACUCACUGGCUCCAACACCUCCAGCCCAAAACACACCAGCAGUGGAGAUGGAAGGAAAACUGUGUUGUUGAAGUCCAGUGAGUGUUCUCCAGAAGUGCUCAACUUCCUGGCUAAUAAGGCCUGUAGGCGUUAUGUGGCCCUGAGCGACUGGGAGUCCAUGCAGGAGUGGCAGGCCAGCAUGAUGAACCUCAAAAAGAACAGCAGCAGUUCCAGUGUCAACCUCAAAACAGACUUUAACUACAUCAGUCAAGGAGAAGGGGUUCCUUUACUCCUUGGAGAGAAGAAAGAAAUUGAGGACUUGCUCCCAGCAGGCACCAGUGAUGAGGACAAGGAAACCAUUUUUGGCAUUUUGGGUCAAGCCAUGUGUCGCCCAGCAGGAAUUCAGGAUGAGGACAUGGCCUUGCAGAAUGAAGAGGAUGAGGAGGACGACAUGGUGGAUGUGAUCGGCCGACAGCUGUUGAGUGCCUGUCCAUGGCUGUCUGAGGUGGAGGACACUGUGACCGAUGGGCUGAUUGUGGUGUGGAGGAGAGUGGUUGACCGAAUCUUCAGCCUGUACCGGGUCUCCUGCAGAGCGUACUUCACCUUCCUCAGACUCAACGCUGGGCAGGUGCCCAUAGAUGAAGACGACCCCAAGCUGCUCUUGAACAACCAGAGCAGCAAACAGAGCAGUGAUGAUGUCAUUGUCAUGGCAACCCUCCGUCUGCUGCGCUUGCUUGUGAAGCACGCUGGGGAGUUAAGAGAGGGUCUGGAGCACGGCCUGGCAUCCACUCCCACUGCACCCUGGAGAGGUAUCAUCCCUCAGUUAUUCUCCAGACUAAAUCACCCUGAGGCUUACAUCCGCCAGAGCAUCUGCAGCCUGCUGUGUAGAGUGGCCCAAGAUUCGCCCCACCUAAUCCUCUACCCUGCCAUUGUGGGAUCUAUCUCUCUCGGCGGAGAGGCUCAGGCUGCAGGUAACAAGCUGCCGUCUUCCCUGCCAACCCUGCUUGGGAACAUGCAGGGAGAGGCUCUUUGUGGAGGUGAGAGCGAGAUGGGCAGCGGGCCAACUUCUCAAGAGAGCAGCCGUGGGGAAGAGAUGGUGAUGUAUUCUAGCGAGGACCAAGCCAUGAUGCAGGGCUGCUACAGCAAGAUCGUAGACAAGCUGUCUUCCGCCAACCCCACCAUGGUGCUGCAGGUGCAGAUGUUGGUGGGCGAGCUGAGAAGGGUCACUCUGCUCUGGGACGAGCUCUGGCUGGGGGUCUUGCAGCAGCAACACAUGCACGUUCUGCGCAGGAUUCAACAGCUGGAGGACGAGGUGAAAAGAGUUCAGAACAACAACACUCUGCGCAAGGAUGAGAAGGUGGCUAUUAUGAGAGAGAAGCAUUCUGCUCUGAUGAAGCCUGUGGUUUUUGCACUGGAUCACGUGCGCAGCAUCACUGCUGCUUCGGCAGAGACUCCUCAUGAAGCGUGGUUUCAGGAGACAUACGGAGAGACCAUCCACAAUGCUCUAGAGAGACUGAGGAACCCUCUUAAUCCAGCCAAUCCUGCCAGCAGCUGGGUGCCCUUCAAACAGAUCAUGCUGAGCUUGCAGCAGAGGGCACAGAAACGGGCCAGUUAUCUCCUGCGGCUUGAUGAGAUCAGCCCCCGCCUGACUGCCAUGACCAACUCAGAGAUGGCGCUGCCAGGAGAGGUGUCUGCUACAGAUGCAGUCACCAUCCAGGGUGUAGGCAACACCAUCACCAUCCUGCCAACUAAAACCAAACCUAAGAAGCUCUACUUCCUAGGCUCUGAUGGCAGAAACUAUCCAUACCUAUUCAAAGGAUUGGAGGACUUGCAUUUGGAUGAGAGGAUCAUGCAGUUCUUGUCUAUUGUCAACACCAUGUUCACUAAAGUGAAUCAACAGGAGAGUCCAAGGUUUCAUGCCCGUCAUUAUUCGGUCACACCGCUGGGCACCAGAUCAGGCCUUAUCCAGUGGGUGGAUGGAGCCACUCCACUUUUUGGCCUGUAUAAACGCUGGCAGCAGCGUGAGGCUGUGGUCCAAGCCCAGAAGGCACAGGACUCCUUCCAGCAACCUCAGAAUCUUCCCAUGGUUCCACGGCCCAGUGAGCUCUACUACAGUAAGAUCAGUCCUGCCUUAAAGGCUGUCGGGCUUAGUUUAGAUGUGUCGCGCCGUGACUGGCCGUUGAGUGUCAUGAGAGACGUUCUCCGAGAGCUAAUGGAGGCUACACCCCCUAACCUCUUGGCAAAGGAGCUCUGGUGCUCCUGUACCACCCCCAGUGAGUGGUGGAGCGUGACUCAGUCUUAUGCCAGAUCCACUGCUGUAAUGUCAAUGGUGGGAUACAUCAUUGGUUUGGGGGAUCGUCACCUUGACAACGUGCUGAUUGAUAUGACGACAGGCGAGGUGGUACACAUUGACUACAAUGUCUGUUUUGAGAAGGGAAAAAGCUUGAGAGUACCAGAGAAGGUUCCUUUCCGUAUGACACACAACAUUGAGACCGCUUUGGGGGUCACAGGAGUGGAGGGCAUCUUUAGACUGUCCUGUGAACAGGUGAUCCAGAUAAUGCGAUGUGGAAGAGAGACCCUCUUGACUCUUUUGGAGGCAUUUGUGUAUGACCCCCUGGUGGAUUGGACAGCAGGUGGUGAGGUGGGCUUUGCAGGGGCUGUGUACGGAGGAGGUGGUCAGCAAGCAGAGAACAAGCAGAGCAAGAGAGAAAUGGAGCGAGACAUCACACGCAGCCUCUUCUCCUCCCGUGUGGCUGAGAUUAAGGUGAACUGGUUCAAGAAUCGUGAUGAGAUGAUUGGUGUGCUGCCGCAGGUGGAGGAGGAGGUUGAUGAGUACCUAAACCUGCAGGAGCAGCUCACACAGGUGGAGAAAGUGCAGGGCAAGCUGCUGGAGGAGAUGGAGUUCAUGGAGGGAGCCGACACCAGAGCAGAUCAUCCCAUCCACUCCCUGGAGCACAGAUACUCCGAGCACACUCAGUUGCAGUCCAGGCAGAGGACUGUACAGGAUGCCAUUCAGGGGAAGUUGUCAGAUCUGGAUCAGUGCAUCUCUCAGUAUCAAGCUGCCUUUUCCAAUCUAGAGGCCACCCAGCUUGCCAGCCUCCUCCAGGAGAUCAGCAGCCCUAUUGAUUUAGGUCCACCCAGCUAUGUGCCAGCAACAUCUUUCUUGCAGAAUGCAGGCCAGGCACAUCUUAUUAGCCAGUGUGAGGCACUGGAGGCAGAUGUGAGCGCUCUGUUACAGCAGCGGCGCUCUCAGCUGCGUGGCUGUCUCGAGCACCUGCACAGCUAUGCCACCGUGGCCUUGCUGUAUCCCCGUGCGGUGCUGCUCAGGCACAGAGUUCACACGUGGACACAGUGGAUGGAGGAGCUGGUUUGUGACAUGACUGUCGAUCACUGCCAGACUGUCUAUCACCAGUAUGAAAUGCAGUUUGCACCCCACCCCCCUCCUGCCACAUGUCAGUUCCUGUCUAGCAUCGAGAUGGCGCUGCAGCACCACACAGCAGAAACCAACACUCGGCUGAUGCGUCAGGUAGAGCGUCUGAAGGCAGAGGGCGCUGGUGUGCACGUUUGUGAGGAGCAGCUGCAGGAGAUCGAGCGCUGUAUCAAAGUCUUCCUGCACGAGGAUGCUGAGCUCGGGUCCUUCAGUCUAGCCGGUAUCAUCGUCUCUGCCCUCUGUGCCCUCACCAGGCGUAACCUGGUGAUGGAGGGAGCUGCAGCCAGUGCCGGAGAGCAGCUGGUGGAGCUGACGUCUUGUGAUGGUGCCUGGUUCCUGGAAGAGCUCUGCAGUAUGAGUGGAAACAUCACAUGUCUUGUGCAACUUUUGCAGCAGUGCCAGCUUCUGUCACAUGACCUGGAUAUCCUCAGUCUUGCCGAGACUUUGCAAGUUGUCUACCUGGCCAAUGGUGUCUACACCUGCCUUCAGGAGCUCAACACAAACUUCCGUCAGAUCAUCUUCCCAGAGGCUCUGCGCUGCAUGCUGAAGGGAGAAAAUACAUUAGAGACCAUGCUAGCGGAGCUCGACGCGCUUAUCGAUCAGUGCGCAGAUGGGGUUUCUCUGCAGGGACUGGGGGAGGUUCUGCAAGCUCACCUUCGUAACACCGCCAUGGGCCUGGAGGAGGAUCCAGAUGACCACUAUCUGGAUAUCACCAGGGUUUUACGGGCCCAGUACUCAGAACUGAUCCAGCCACGCAGCAUGGAGAGCUCUGUGCAGGAAACGCCCAAGAUGAGUGCCGGUCAGAUGUUGUUGGUAGCUUUUGAUGGCAUGUUUGCACAGCUGGAGACUGCUUUUGGACUUCUGAUUGACAAGCUGAACUCUAUGGAUGUGCCUGCUGCCUGGAGAAAGGUGGAUGUGAUUCGGGAGUCCAGAGCUACGCAGGUCCAUUUCUUUGAUAAUGUGCAGACCAGGCAGGUCUUGGAUGAGAUUUUCUUCCUGAAGAGACUCCAGACCAUCCGAGACUUCUUCCAUUUGUGCGGAUCAUUUGCACAGACGCUAUCUGGAACGUGUCCUACACCCACUGAUGAGCCUCUACCCUCUAAUGGCCCAGUACCCAUAGUGAAACCCAUGUACCGAGGCUCCACUGUAGUGAGCGAGGACCAGAUGAUGCGGCCCAUCAAAGCCUUCACGGCAGACUUUGUGAGGCAGAUGCUAAUGGGGCUCCCCACCCAGGCUCUGGGCCUAGCCAUUUGCAGUGCUCUCAGUGCCCUCGGCAUGGAUCUCAUAGCCCAGGUGGAGGCCAAGGACUUUGGCGCUGAGGGGAAAGUGUCUAUGGAUGACCUGUGCAAGAAAGCAGUAGAGCAAGGGGUGCAGGCAGGACGGAUAUCCCAGCUGCUGCUCAAUAGGGCCACAGUGCUGGCCAGCUCCUACGACACAGCCUGGAAAAAACUGGACCUGGUACGACGUCUAGAAGUCAGCAUUGAAGCUUGUAAGGUCAGCCUGCAGAGGACUCAGCUUCACAUCACUAUGUUCCAGUGGCAGCAUGAGGACAUUCUCGGUGCAAGGACGCAGCCCAUGACCGUCAGUCCCCCGCCUUGUUCCAUCAUCCUCAGCAACAUGAAGAAGAAGCUCUACAAACUCAGUCAGGAUGAAGCUUCUAUUGGCAGCGUUCAGGAGAAGUUGGCAGGUCUAGAGGGCAGCAUAGAGCAGAGGCUGAAGUGGGCCGGUGGUGCAAACCCUGCACUUGCCCCAGUGCUGCAGGACUUUGAGGCCACUAUAGCAGAACGCCGUGCCCUGGUUUUGAAGGAGAGUCAGUGUGCCAACCAGGUUACUUUUCUCUGCAGCACUAUUCUCAACUUCGAAGGUCUGCGUACCCGCACUCCAGAAGCCUUGAACAUGGAUGCCACACUUUUUGAACUUGUGAAACGAUGCCAGGCCACCUGCUCAUAUGCUGCCCAGUUCAGCACCUCCGUUUCCUCUCUGGAACUUCAGCUGCUGCUUAGACUGAGUCCUGCCAUGGAUCUGUCCAUUGGUGGGCCUGAGUGGCUUGUGUACGCACAGAAUCACCUCACCCAGGAGAUGUCCAGUCAGAGAGCCAUGCAGGAGGAAAGAGAGCAGCAGCUGGAGAGAGUGACCGAAACCCUGCAGCUGCUGGUAGACUCCAUUAAAGGCAUCCUGUCCAAUCACAACCGCCAACUUGCUGAUGUUAAGCACCUCCUGCGUGCCAUGGCAAAGGAUGAGGAAAAUGCCCUUGCAGAGGGAGAGGAAGUGACUUAUGAGGGCAGUGUGCGUCAGUUCCUGUCAGAAUACAAGGCAUGGCAGGAUAAUGUGCAGAUAGUGCUUUUCACAGUAGUGCAAGCUACAGGUCAGCCACGUAGCCAGGAGCAGGUUGAGCUGCUGCAGGAGAUCCCUGCCACCCUGAAGGAGCUAAAGGUUCAGAGCCAGAGCUUCUAC